AUGACCUCUGCGACCGACCCUAGCCUCGGAAAUCAGAGUGCUGGGCCGGUACCUCUGCAGCCCAAGGAAAAUGGCGGCAGUUCCUUGGACCGGCCUGCCCGAUCUGAAAGCGCCACUUCACAGCAGGUCCCGACGAGCAGCAACGACCCUUACCCGCCCCAAAGCCUUGAAAAGGGCAUUGUUGGAUGGGAUGGCCCAGACGACCCCGAGAAUCCGAGGAAUUGGCCGGCAAGACAAAAAUGGACAGUGCUUUUGCUCGUAAGCUCCAUGACAUUGAUCAGUCCAUUUGCCUCCUCGGUGUUUGCUCCGGCGGCCAGUUUCAUGAGCAAAGACUUCCACAACACCUCGACGAUAUCCACGACCUUCGCCGUCUCCGUGUAUGUUCUUGGUUAUGCGAUCGGGCCUUUGUUCUUCUCUCCCUUGAGUGAGAUGUAUGGUCGGCAGAUCAUACUGAACGCAGCCACAGUACAUUUUGUUGUGUGGCAGCUUGGGUGCGCUCUUGCACCCAAUAUAGCAUCGUUGACCGUCUUUCGCCUGCUUUCGGGAAUGGGUGGCUCGGCUUGCUUGACCCUUGGCGGAGGCGCGAUUGCCGAUAUGUAUGAAAAGGAACAGCGAGGGACGGCCAUGACUAUCUUCACCUUUGGCCCUCUUUUCGGCCCGGUCCUAGGACCAAUCUGCGGUGGCUUCAUCGCCCAGCAAGCAGGUUGGAGAUGGGUAUUCUGGACUCUCCUAAUCGCAGGGGGCACCUGCACGGCAAUCAUCAUCGUAUACUACCGCGAGACCAACCCGACUAUCCUCAUCCGCCGGAAGACACGUCGUCUUGCCAGGGAACUCAACCGCCCCGAUCUCCGCAGUUGCUAUGACUCGGUCCAGGACGAGCGAUCCCGCACAUCGCUCUUCAUCCAUGCCCUGAGUCGACCGGUGAGAAUGCUUUUUCUCUCUCCUAUCUUAGCGUCUCUGGCAAUCUACCUGGCUCUCAUCUAUGGCUGCCUGUACCUUCUCUUCACAACCGUCACAUUGGUCUUCCAGAGGACAUAUGGCUGGAAGCCCGAGUUGACCGGUCUCUCUUACGUCGGUUUGGGCAUCGGUCUCCUCUGCGGACAGGCCCUCUUCGGUCUCACAAGCGACCGAACGAUCGUCCGGCUUGUGAAGAGGAACAACGGCAUUUACGAACCUGAGAUGCGGCUGACGAUGUGCUUGUAUUUCGCCUGUUUCGUGCCUAUCUCUUUCUUCUGGUAUGGCUGGUCGAUUCAAGCACAGGUACAUUGGAUUUCGCCCAUCAUGGGGCUGUUCCCCUUUGGAUUUGGGAUGAUCGGGAUCUUUAUUUCCUUUCAAACCUACAUUGUAGACGCCUAUCCUCGUUUCGCAGCCUCCGGCAUCGCAUCGACCACGGUCACACGGUCGUUCUUCGGCGCGUUUCUUCCGCUUGCGGGCCCAUCGAUGUUCGACACACUUGGAUAUGGAUGGGGAAAUUCUUUGCUUGGCUUCAUUACUCUGGCCCUUGUGCCCGUCCCAAUAUUCUUGCGGCUGUAUGGAGGUAUCCUGCGGGAAAAAUUCCCUAUAAACUUCUGA